AAUACGACAAAAAAACCAGUUUUGUCGGUUUUCUAAGACUUUCUGUCUGAUUCAUUACAUCUUCCUCCGGCGAUUCAACUCUUCUUCCACGGCAUUGGUCUAUGACGCAGGCGAGAUAAAUAAGGUGAUUGUUUCGGAUCUCAGAUGAGGAUUUGAUGCAGCAGCAGCAGCAGCAGAAGCUGGUUCUUUGUUUGAAAAAAAGAAGCUAAUUAGGGUUAUCGAAUGGAGUUGAAAAUGGAUAAUGUAAUCGGUGGCAAGUUUAAGCUUGGUCGUAAGAUCGGUGGUGGCUCUUUUGGAGAGCUUUUUCUAGGUGUUAGUGUGCAAACAGGAGAAGAAGUCGCUGUAAAGCUGGAGCCUGCGAAAACUAAGCAUCCACAACUUCAUUAUGAGUCCAAGAUAUACAUGCUUCUGCAAGGAGGAACUGGUAUCCCUAGCCUCAAGUGGUUUGGUGUCCAGGGAGAUUAUAAUGCGAUGGUGAUUGAUCUGCUUGGACCGAGUUUGGAGGAUUUGUUCAACUAUUGUAAUAGGAAACUCACCUUGAAGGCAGUUUUGAUGCUUGCGGAUCAACUUAUUAGCAGAGUUGAAUAUAUGCAUUCAAGAGGGUUUCUUCACCGUGACAUCAAACCAGACAAUUUCUUGAUGGGACUUGGUCGCAAAGCAAACCAGGUGUAUAUCAUUGAUUUUGGCCUUGCAAAGAAGUAUAGGGAUCUCCAAACACAUAGACACAUCCCCUACAGAGAAAACAAGAACCUUACUGGCACAGCUCGGUAUGCUAGCGUCAACACUCACCUUGGUGUUGAGCAAAGUCGGAGGGAUGAUCUAGAGUCUCUUGGUUACGUGCUCAUGUAUUUCCUCAGAGGAAGCCUCCCAUGGCAGGGACUAAAAGCCGGCACAAAGAAGCAGAAGUAUGACAGAAUCAGCGAGAAGAAAGUUUCAACUCCUAUAGAGGUCUUGUGCAAGUCCUAUCCACCCGAGUUCGUAUCAUACUUUCAGUACUGCAGGUCUUUGCGAUUCGAAGACAAACCAGACUACUCUUAUCUAAGGAGGCUAUUCCGAGACUUGUUUAUCCGUGAAGGUUAUCAGUUUGACUAUGUAUUCGACUGGACCGCAUUGAAACACCCUCAGAGUAGUUCCACUGCCCGUUCCAGCUCCCACGGAAGGCAUCGUACAGGUAAUAAUAAGCCAGGGGUGGCCGCUGCAGGACCGUCUGGUGAAAAACCUGAAAGGGUUUCAGGUAUUUCUUUUUACAGAGUUGGGAAGGAGAUCCGAGACAGAUUCUCAGGUGCGGUUGAAGCAUUCGCGAGAAGGAACGCUACUGGAGCUAGUCCACAUGAGAAUCAUACCAUACAUCGAACUCUUGACGAUGUCCCUUCACCAAUGAGACCUGCUCUGAAUAUGGUAUCUGAGAAAGGAAGAAACACUUCAAGAUACGGAAGUGCUUCAAGGAGAGCAGUAGCCUCUGGAAGUAGACCGAGCUCAUCAGGGGAACAAGGAGAGAGCCGCGGCUCGAGCCGUGCGGCCUCAAGCGGAGGAGGAGUUGGCAGACCAUCAGUCUUUCAGAGAACACAAGCGCCAGCUGCAGCUGGUGUGACCGGAUACGAGUCAAAGACUGCAUCUGCCUUCAACCGUAACAGAGUGUCUGCUUCGAGGACUGCACGUGACGAGGCACUCAGAAGCUUCGAGCUUCUUUCCAUCCGCAAAUGAUAAACUCUCUCUCUCUCUCUCUCUCUCUGUACAUUUUGAUUCUUCUUUACAACACGUGUGUUGUUUUGUUUGGUCCUAAGUUUCCCACGAAACUCCCAAAGCUUUUGUCAUAUGUUAUCAUCAAUUCUCUGGAUUUUUUUUGUAUUGAUUCUUACACUCUUGUUAUUAUUGUAAUGACAGACAAGUUGCUGAGCUUA